AUGAAUCGACUAUUAUUUUUAUUUUUAUCAUUUCUUGUUACUUUUAACAUGGUCAAUAGUUAUGUUACUGAAACAGAUGGAAAAGUUGUUGUUCGUACAAAACGUCAACAAUGUAUUUGUGUAUACAUAUCAGCACAACAAGCACAAAUUCAAUGUUCAUGUGAUCAAAAUGGCUCAUCUACAAACAGUAUUAUUGAUAAAUCAAGUCAAGUUGUUCAACAACAAGAAUUACAAAAUGAAUUACAACAAAUUCAACCAUUUUCAAGUUCAAAAUGUGGUUGUGUUUUGAUAGUUCUUAAAAGUUCUACUUAUGGUGGAACAUCACCACAAUAUCAAUGUUCAUGUUCUCCAGAUAAUAUAAAAACAACACAACAAACUACAACUAUAGAAACAACAACAAUUAUGAAAACAACAUCUAAACCAACGAUAAUACCUUCAAAAAAUUCAGUUAUUGGAGCAAUUAGUAAAGAUGGUGUAACAAAUCCAUGUAGAUGUGUUAAAUUAUCAAGUAAAUCAUCUUCUGAAACAACACAAUAUCAAUGUAAUUGUCAAAAUAAACAGACAAUAAUUCCAGAAUAUGAAGUUGUUGAUAAUUCAAAUAUUAUCAUUGAAGAUCCACAUGGUAUAACAAAAGCUAAUGAAAUUGAAGUUACUGUACCAACAACAACACCAUUCUCAUACGAAGUUAAAAAUUAUAAUAAUAAUGAACCAUCAGUUACACAAUGUAUUGUUAUUAGUAUUCCAUCUCAAGGUAAUACAGCAUGUGUAUGUUCAGAAAAUUAUACACAAUGUACAGCAUCAACAUGUUGUCAUAAACGAAUGCGUUCAAUGAGACCUUAUACCUCUGAAAGUAAUAUUCCAGUUUCUAAGACAGAAACGGCAGUAGAUCUUCUUAUGGAUGUUUUGAAGAAACUUAAAACUACAUUAUAA